UUGAUAUAGACUGGUUGGACUGAAAGAUCUGUUUCCGUGCUGUAUGAGUCUAUAUUCCCCUGAUUUAAAAGUUUAGACAGUGAGAUUUGAUCAUAUGAUAGAGUGAGAAAGAUAUGCAUUUUUCUCCCAUAGUUGAAAUAUCAGGAAAUGUCAAUCUAGCAAUAAUGUGAAUUUCAAAUAUUUUAAAAUUGAGGCAUAGAGUUGAAAAGUCAAAACCUAAUGUCAGAGAUGCCACUGAAUUUAGAGUGAUUAAAUAGUCUACAAAAUUUGUUUAUAAACUAAAUAUUAUAGGACAAAACAACAUCUUAAAAGGUAAAUUUUGAUAUUUUGACAAUAAACGUGUUGAAAAGUGUGGUGCUGGAAAAGCGCAGCAGGUCAGGUAGCAUCUGAGGUGCAGGAGAAUCGAUGUUUCGGGCAUAAGCCCUUCUUCAGGAAUGUGGCCUACCUUACAGUAGUAGGCAGAAUUGAGAUGAUCACACUAUUAGGAAUUAUAAAAUUUGAAAAAAAUGAAUAUUGCUGGCAUAAAAACACAGUUUGAAGAUGGUGCGAGAAAUGUUCCUUGUAGCAAGUACUGGUGUGAUAUCUGCAAAGUAGCUUGCAUAUCUGCUCUGAAUCUCCAGGAACAUAUUAGGGGCUAUCAGCACAGAAAGGUUGAACAAAUUUUAAAAGAGACUAUGGGUAAUAACACAAGCAACCCUACAAUUCCUGCAAUGAAUAUUGGUCCUGAUACAAGAACAUUUGAUGAUUACCUUUUGGCUUGGAAUGCUGAUGAGCCUUUAGUUGGUCUCAAUUAUGUGAUUGAAUACCAGCGGGAUGGGGGAAGAGACCCAAUGUAUGAAUGCACACUAUGUGACUUCACAGGUUACCUGCGCAUAUUUGUUUCACACCUUGGUGGUAUCAAGCACAGAAUGAAUUACAUGUCAAGAGAAUAUCCAGAGAUGGUGAAGUGGGAUGCAACUAAAUUAAAGCAAGAGGAGUUAAGCCUUAUUGUUAAAGAAAGAGCUGCUAUUAUUGAGAAAUUGGAAGGAAGGAGGAGCAUAAAGGUGAUCAGAGGACAGGAUCCACCCAGCACGAUUAGCGUAGUUAAAAGGGUUCCACUUCCAAGCAAUGAUGUUAGAAUGAAUCAAGGUGGAAGCCUUCAAGAGGGAAUGAAUUCACAAAGCUAUGCACAGCGUUCAUACCAGGAAUAUGGAUCCAAAGGAUGGCAGCAAGAAUGGGAGAGAAAUCCCUUGCAAGUGGAGCAAGAUUUGAUGGAAGACAUAGUGUACGCAAGAGAACAAUCACUGACAAACAAGAUGAUGUAUUCAGUUCCAAGACAUGACGAAGGACAAUAUAGAACUGAAGUUCAAUCCUCUGAUAUGUAUUCUGACUGGAGAAGAGAUGAUAAAGAUUUUUAUGAAGAGAGUAUUGGCGUUAUGGACCGAUAUGCAGAUCUAAGGAAAGAUAACAAAUCGCAAUAUCAAGAAAAUGUUUCAAGUGGAUAUACGGAUUUGAAAAGAGAGAGAGAACAAUAUGUCGAGACCAGUACUGGUUAUGAUCAAUACUCUGAUCAGCGAAGGGGGCCAUAUGGAGAUCAUGUACACGAAUCAGCUGAUUGGAGAAAUGUCUACCACAAGGAACAUGAAAGUGAUAUCAGGAGUUCAGAUAGGUAUUCAAAUAUAAGAAAAGAUUAUCAGCUGAGCUACAUGGAUGACGGUAGAGGUGCAGACUGGAAAAGGGAUGACAGAAAACAAUAUGAAGAUGAAUACAGAGAAAGAGAACAAACUGGAAAAUCUGAUCACCGGAUGCAGAAAAAGGGUGAUUAUUCCCAGCCACCACGUUUUCCUGAUGUGAUUGAUAGUAAAAGAAAGAAGCUUUAUAACUAUUUGCAAAGCUUUCAGAUAAAAAGUGAAGAUGAUGCAAGUUUUGUUCUGAAGGUUACAAAGGCUUUCAAAGAUGCAUUGAUCAGUUAUUACCAAAAGAAGGAAUCUGACCCAGUCAUGAGGGCUACAUUGGAUCAGAGAACUGCAAGAUCCAUCGGUACACCAGAUGACUAUUCCAGAUAUAAUCCUGAUGCAUCAGCUUCUGCAGUACGAGGCUCAGAAAGCCCCAGAGGUGGCUAUGAUUGGAAACAGGAUACAUUGGCAACAGACGUGAGGCAAUCAUUUGACUCCUCAUCAUAUCUAUCCUCUUCUGCUGCCAGAGAUUUUGCAAUGUAUCCCUCUUCAGGCAGGGACUAUUCGUCAGAUGACAAAUCUGGGAGUCAGUAUAUGAACUGGGGCACAAGUGUAAACUCAGCCAAUACCUAUUUUGGUCGCUAAGUUCAUUGCAAGGGUGUAUAAAGAGAAUAAAGGAUGGUUGGGCACUGUGUUCUGAAUGCAGCAGAGCUAUAGCAGAGCCCAAACCAAUCUGUUAAUGUACAUCUUUAUUCAGUAUCUUCUUCCCUCACCUUCCAUUUCGUUUUAUUUAAUGUUGUGUACUUUUUGUAUUUGUUUCUGAAAUGGGCACCAUAUCUUUUAAAGGUAAUGACUGCAGAUCUAACCCAUGCUCACAAUUCAACUGAAAUUCAAUGAAAUAAUAUACCACUGGAGCCCACCGACAUGUAGUGCUUUAAUAGCUUGCAUUCUUUUCUCAUCAAACAUUAAUGUGUACAGAAAUUGUUGCCCUCAAAACUUUGUUUCAGGAGUGCAGUGUUAUUUUUAUUUCCCAAGUUUCUCUGUUCAUCUUAUAAGUGCAGGAACUAGCAUUCGUUGAUGGAAGACCCACAUUAUCUGUUGACAGUUAGACCAAGAUGGACAUCAUAGAAGCUUCAUCCUGUCCAUGGAAGUCAGGAAGUGUACUUGUAAGAAGGUAUUAUUGAUAGAUUGGAAUGGGAACCCUGGAUGCCAACAUUCCUAUACUGGAGGGAUAGUAAGCAAUUGUCGGAGAUGAGAUUAAUCAUUUGUGUAGUGACCUUUAUUUCAGUCCAGAACCAUAUGUUAUAUUUACUUAAAUUAAAUGAGAGAGCUUUUCUACAAUUCUGUACUCCUCAUGAAUUUAUACAUAUAAUGCAACCAGCAAUUAUAUGCAUAAGCCAAUUAGAGAUCGUUUAACUUGCAUCUGGUAUUUUAAUGUUCAAUUCCAAUGGUAAGAAUUUUUCAAACAAAUUAGUCAUAAAUUAGAAGAUAACUAUAUCAUCCCCCAAUGACAGAAAGCUUUAGAGACUGCUGUUUUAUUCAAUAACAGUGGCAUUAUAACAUUCAGCUCAUUAUCCCAGUUUAAGUUGCUUUGACACAUGCCAGUAGGUGAUAUAAUGUGGAGAAAGAAAGGGUGGGGAAACUAGAUUUGAGCUAGUAUUGAUAUGGAAAAAAUGCUCCCACUCUGAAAUUGUCGACUGGGAAGACUGAAAAAGGAAAACUUAUAUUUAUAAUACUUCCUUAAAAGAAAAGCUUUUCCUUGACCAAUGUUGACUUGCGUGACAAGUAUGCAAUUGCUAAAGCUGACCAUUGAUGCAUCAGUUCAUGGACUUUGGUUUGGUAGACAUUUUAAGCAAAAUAAUGACUACAGAUGAGUUUCACGAUACUUUAAUCGACAGUCAAAUUUAAUGCACAGUAAGUGAUGCAAAAAUGUAGCCAAGUUAGACAACCUGUCUAAAUCUACAGGUUAAUGAACAUCUUAUUUUUCUUGCUACUUAAAUAGCAUACAAUGAAUUAUAAAUUGUCCUUUACAACAAUUUUUGAAUUUGUUGGUGGGGAAAUGCUGCAUGUUCAUUUGGGUGAGUGUGGCUUCUUCAUUUUGAGAAACCUCCUCAAUAUAUUCAGAGAAGUAUAGAAAGACAGUUUCUAGAUUACUUAUUGAGCGUAUUGCUGUAUUAUUUCUAAUAUGGAAUAAAUAUUGGAGACUAGAGGCACUUGCGCUUUAGGCAAAUUCC